UCGCUCGGCUUCUCACCACAGCGAGUCGCGGACCUGUCGCCGACGCGCCUCCCUCUCUCCCCUCAGCAUGACUGACCGGGACGCGGCGGCUCCGGCAGAGCCGCUCUGCUGGCGCAGGCGGGAGCAGCAGGAUUGUUAAAUAACGCAGCUCGCCUCUGCGACCGGGCGUGGAGAGACGGAGCCACGACGGGGAGGGGGGCGGAGGCGGGGACCAGGAGGGACACCCCCGUGCCCCGAAGACGCGAGUCCCCGAGUGCCCGCGAGGAGCCUUCGCGAGCGGCGCGGAACCCUCCAGGCUGCUAAGUUGGCUAUCACAGCGCAAGCCUCGGAGUCCCGAUGGGGGACUCAGGAUCAAGACGAUCUACCUUGGUCUCCCGGUUGCCAAUAUUCAGAAGAAGUAUUAGCAGAAGACAUGAUUCUCUUCCUUCUUCACCUUCUUCCAGUAAUACAGUUGGUGUCCACAGUUCCUCUCCUUCCAGUACUAACUCAAGCUCAGGUAGUACAGGUAAACGCAGGAGCAUAUUCCGUACGCCUUCCAUUAGCUUUCACCAUAAGAAGGGGAGCGAGCCUAAGCAAGAACCUACCAGCCAGAACCUUAGUAUUUCAAAUGGUGCUCAGCCUGGUCACAGCAACAUGCAGAAACUGAAUUUGGAAGAACAUAUUAAAACCAGGGGAAGACAUUCUGUUGGUUUUAGUACUUCACGAAAUAAGAAGAUAACAAGAUCAUUGACAGAGGAUUUUGAAAGGGAAAAGGAGCACUCAACUAAUAAGAACGUCUUUAUAAACUGUCUGAGUUCUGGCAAAAGUGAGGGGGAUGAUUCUGGAUUCACAGAAGAACAAACUCGACGUUCUGUUAAGGCGUCAACAAGGAAGCUACUCCCUAAAUCUUUUUCAUCUCACUAUAAAUUUUCAAAGCCAGUUGUGCAGAGCCAAUCCAUUUCAUUGGUACAACAGUCCGAAUUCUCAUUGGAAAUCACACAGUACCAAGAGAGAGAACCUGUAUUGGUAAGAGCUUCUACACCGUGUUCUGUGGACGUAACAGAACGGGCCGGAAGCUCUUUGCAAUCUCCUCUGCUUUCUGCUGAUCUUACCACAGCUCAGACACCUUCAGAAUUUUUAGCCUUGACUGAAGAUUCUGUGUCUGAAACGGAUGCAUUUCCUAAAAGUGGAAGCAUGGCAUCCCACUGUGACAACUUUGGCCACAAUGAUUCUACCUCUCAGAUCUCUCCCAAUCCUGCUGCUGUUACAAAGACAACAAUAGAACUUAUGGGAACUGUUCCCUGUGCAAUUAUGUCUCCUGGGAAAUACAGGUUAGAAGGUCGAUGUAGCGCUGAAUCUAAUUCCUCACCAGAAACCUCUGCUGCUAAUCAGAAGGAAGUGUUAUUGCAAAUCAGUGAACUACCUGUUACGAAUAUGAGCAACUCAGAGACUAACCCACCAGCAGAUACUGAAAGAGAAGGAAAUAUGGGGUUACAAAAUGGUGAAACAAUGCUGGGGACAUGCUCCCCAAGAAAACUUGGGUUUUGUGAGCAACAUAAAGCAAUAGCUGAACGUGUUAAAGGGAUCCAUCCUAUUUCAGAUUCAAAGAUAAUACCCUACUGUGGUGAUCAUCAUAUUUUUAACAAAACAUCAUGUGGAUAUGAAGCAAAUCCUGCCAAAGUUCUUGCCAGUAGCCUCAGUCCGUAUCGUGAAGGAAGAUUUAUAGAGCAGCGACUGCGAUCCUCAUCAGAAGGAACUGCAGGGAGCAGCAGAAUGAUUUUGAAACCAAAAGAUGGAAAUGUAGAAGAAGUUAGUAGUUUAAGAAAGCAAAGAGCGGGCUCCUCAUCUUCAAAAAUGAACAGUAUGGAUGUUUUGAAUAAUUUGGGUUCUUGUGAACUGGAUGAAGAUGAUCUAAUGCUUGAUCUAGAAUUUUUAGAGGAACAGAAUCUUCAUCCUCCGGUUUGCCGGGAGGAUUCAUACCAUUCUGUAGUCUCAUGUGCUGCUGUAGUUCUCACUCCUAUGGAACCAACAAUAGAAAUGAAGAAAAGAGAAGAACCAAAAUUUCCUGAGCCUUCCAAACAGAACCUUUCCCUGAAAUUAACAAAAGACAUUGAUCAGGAAGCCAGGUGUUCCCAUAUCAGUCGAAUGCCCAGCAGUCCAUCUGCAGAUUGGCCCCUGCAAGGUGUGGAAGAAAACGGAGGCAUAGAUUCUCUGCCGUUCAGACUGAUGUUACAGGACUGCACAGCAGUCAAGACGUUAUUAUUAAAGAUGAAGAGAGUUCUUCAAGAGAGUGCAGAUAUGAGCCCAGCAAGCAGCACAACUUCACUUCCUGUUAGUCCUCUUACUGAAGAGCCAGUGCCUUUCAAGGAUAUAAUGAAAGAUGAAUGCUCCAUGCUCAAGCUGCAGCUGAAAGAGAAGGAUGAACUCAUUUCCCAACUUCAGGAAGAGCUGGAAAAAGUCCGGCAUUUACAGAAGGCUUUUGCCUCCAGAGUAGAUAAGUCCACACAGACUGAACUUCUAAGCUAUGAUGCCCUGUGGAAUCCUACAUGCACUGAAGGUUUAUUUAAAAUAGUACAUAAGCCAACCUAGGUUAAAUCAUUAUUUGACCAUAAGAAAUGCACCACUAAUCUGUGACAUGUUAAAUAUUGAGUAAAAUCAGUUUUUCCAUCAUUCCAUAUGUAACUGUUUCUCAGAGUAUGUAAUACAGAAAUGUUUUCAUUCCAAAUACUUGACAUAUUGUGCAUUUGAAAUCAAUCACAUAAAAUAUCGGUGAAUGAAGAUUCAGCUAACAUAUUUGUGCUUUAUUAUUGUAUUUUUAAAACAAAAUAGACUUUCAUUUAAAAAUUUUCUCUAUAUGCAAAUAUUCUAAAAUGUAAUAUUCCACUUGGCAGUACCAUUUUUUGUUCAGUCUUUUCGUCUAUAUCAUUUGUCACUCUGGUUAUAGUCUUCAUUUAAUUUCAUUACAUAGUCUAUGUGCAUUAGAUAAAUUUGAAUACAGUGCCUUUAGUUUCCUCCAUCUUAGUGGGACAGGUCCUAUGGAAGAACUAAAUUAUCUAUAACCUUUUCUCCCUUGCAUCAAGAUCAAAAGAUGAAAGCAGUAUGUCUUCAAAUAGAAUAAAUAAUGAAGUGUCUUAUUCUAACUACAGAAAGUAAAAUUCCUAUUGAUAUCCUUAAAUAGUUGAAGAAAGUUUACCGGAUAUUGACCUCAUAUUAAAGAAAGUUUCUUGAGUGUGUCAUAAAAGGAGACUUCUGUGUGUCCUGCUCAUUGCCUUCCUGUAAAAGCUCACUUUAAUUAUCAAAUGGCCGGGUGGCUCCAAGGCAUUCCUGAAUAUUGUAGUUGAUUGCAAGGAUAAGUGACAGAGGUAGACAGCUCAGAAGAAUGGCUCAGUGUUGUGCCAGGGGUCGGGGCAAUAGAAAAGCCAUAGAGCUAAGAAGAGGACAGCAGGUUUUAUCGAGUUCUCUAUAUUGUGCAAACAGGUAAUGAAGUAAUCAUGGUUAAUGGUGGUAACAUUCAGAAAUAUGUUAUAGAAUUUAUUAAAUUAUUUGAAUCAUUAUGUAACUAUAUAAUGUGAAUAAUAAAUGUUGGG